GACCAAAUAAAGCAGCAAAUAAAGAGCAAGAGGCCAUUGGAGAAAAAAGCUUCAAUGGCAACCUUGCUCAAGUCCCUUUUCCUUAUCUCUCUCCUAUUUUUUUCGGCAACAGCAUACCCUUUCUUUAUCGAAGAUCCAGACCCCACCGAUGACAAUUUAGAUGCGGUGAUUACAGGCAGAGGAUAUGGAGGAGGACUCCCCAGUGAUAACAACAAUGGAGGAGGAUAUGGAGGAGGACUUCCCAUUGAUAACAACAAUGGAGGAGGAUAUGGAGGAGGACUUCCCAUUGAUAACAACAAUUUAGGAGGACAACUCCCCAGUGAUGACAACAAUGGAGGAGGACAACUCCCCGGCGAUACCAACAAUGGAGAUGAGCAAGAGCAAGAGCAAAAGCAACUUCCAAAGGGAGGCAAAAAUGGAGGUAAUGAAGGCAGUGGAGUCAAUAAGGGAGGCAAUGGAGUCAAGAAACCGAAUUUCGAGACAAAAUACCUCGGAGAGUGGAAGAUAGACAAUCCGAAUUCUGGUGUGUCGAGCAUGCAACUACAGUUGCUUCCAAACAACAAAGUUAUCAUGUUUGAUGCCACCAGCCUCGGACCAUCCAACAUUCAGUUGCAGCCUGCCGGAAACUGUCGCCCCGUACCCAACAAGACCGACGAAUAUGACUGUUGGGCUCAUGCUGUUGAAUAUGACAUUGAGACUUCUAAAGUUCGGACCCUUAAGGUUUUAACAAAUGCAUGGUGCUCAUCCGGAGGUCUGGCAGCAGAUGGAACCUUAAUAAACACAGGAGGGUUUCAAGACGGUGGAAGGGCCGUCAGACAAAUGGGUACAUGCGAUGGUUGCGACUGGGUAGAAAACCCUGCUUUACUCGCUGGCUUUUCAAGAUGGUAUUCAACUCAAGAGAAGUUAGAAGAUGGUAGCUUCAUCCUUUUCGGUGGAAGAAGAGAAUUCAGCUACGAAAUCGUACAAACCACACUCAAUUACCAGUCCAAGAAGAUUGACUUCCCAUUCCUCAAAGAAACCACCGAUAAAUACGAGAACAAUCUCUACCCCUUUGCCUACCUUCUCCCGGACACCACAGUCUUCCUCCUGGCCAACAACCGCUCCAUCAUCAUGGAUCCCAAAUCAGGCAAGAUCAUCCGCGAACUCCCCGUUCUUCCCAACGGCUCUCGCAACUACCCUGCCUCCGCCAUGUCCGCCCUCCUCCCCUUGAAAAUCUCCGGCGACACCCCCGACUUACUCGACGCCGAGGUCUUGGUUUGCGGUGGUGCCAAGCCCGAUGGCAUGGAGAUCGCUGGGAAAGGCCGCUUUAUUCCCGCCUUGCAAGAUUGCAAUCGGAUUGUUGCCACAAAACCAGGUGCCAAGUGGGAGGUCGAUCAACUGCCAGCCCGACGAGUGAUGGGAGACAUGCUUAUCCUCCCCAACGCGGACUUGCUCAUUCUCAACGGUGCAAUGGACGGAGUGGCCGGGUGGAACAUGGCCGAAACACCUAUCCUAACACCACAUGUUUACAGUCCAGAUAAGCCACUCGGACAGCGAUUCAAGGCCAUGAACCCCAGCACAAUUCCUCGCAUGUACCACUCCUCCUCUGCAGUGUUGCCCGACGGCAAGAUCUUAGUCGCCGGAAGCAACACGAACCCUAUGUAUUUAUACAAAGUUGGCCCCAAAGUCAAGUACCCAACCGAAUUGAGAGUCGAGAAAUUCACACCAUAUUACUUAGAUCCAGCUUUGGAUGCUCAUCGACCAGAGAUCACUGAAGCUGCAUCUGAUAAUAAAUUGAGUUAUGGGCAGAGAUUCAAUGUGGUGAUUAAGCUUAAUGAUGAGGUUGAGCCUGAGGAUAUCAAAGUCACCAUGCUAGCACCGCCAUUCACCACCCACGGCUACUCGCAGAACCAAAGAAUGUUGGUUUUGGAUGCGGUUGAUGUUGUCAACGGCCAGCUCACGGUGGUUGCGCCGCCCUCGGGUGCGGUUGCGCCGCCUGGCUACUAUCUUCUCUUCGUCGUUCAUCGUGGCGUGCCCAGUCGCGGAAUUUGGGUUCAAAUUCAGUAGAUGAUUUGGGGUUCACUAGGACAUAUCACUUACACUUACUUUAAAUAAAAUAAAUAAAUAAAUAAAGGUAAAAACACGAGGAUUUUUUUUCCUUUCUGUUUUUUAUUUAUUUAUUUAUUUAUUUGAUUUGUUUUGUUUGAAG